CUCUCUCUCUCUCUCUCUCUCCGGACUCUUUAUGCGCCCACAGAUUCUGCUAUUGCUGAAGAAGACGCUUAAUGGAAGAAAUUGGAACCAGUUCCUUACCAAUUCCUCCUUCCUCUGCUUCUCCUCCGCAUCUUGAUGAAGAUGAUCCUAAGGAUGUGAUGAACAGUAUUCACCCUCCAAGGCCAGAUUGGUAUGAGGAAUUAUUUGCAUUUGUCAUGGCUAAGGGCAGUAAAGCAUAUGAGGCAAAGGUUGCGGGUUUUAAGUCUCAGAUCUUUACAAAUUUGAGGGGAAAGGAUAAGACAGUGUUGGAGCUUGGCAUUGGGACAGGUCCUAAUCUCAAAUAUUAUGCCAGUGAUAAUGGUGUUCGUGUUUUUGGCAUAGAUCCCAACAGAAAGAUGGAGAAGUAUGCACAGGCAGCUGCAGCAGCUGCUGGCCUACCUCCGGAAAAUUUUAAAUUCAUACACGCGGUACUUUUUUCAUUCCAUAUGACACUAUUUACAUUGAAUCUCGUUUAACUUCCAAAGACAGUAUAAUCUUCCUGGAAAUUAUGUAGUUAGGCACCAAAAAAGCAGGGAAAAAGCAAAAAAAAA